AUGGACUUCAAUCCGCGCAUGAGCAUCGCGCGCAGCUCACAGCAAUCCAGUCAACAAAAGAAGCAGCAGCCGGGGGAGGAUGAAUGGAUGCAAUUGCCCGAUAGAGAAAUCGCCGGAUGUAUAAGUGACAUCGGCAUCAACUUUACCGUCGAAGACCUCCGCAAACCCAACCCGCAGCAAAUCCAGAAAAUCUUCGAAUGGUUCGCCGAGCUGCUCACAAACACCACGCGCGAGCUCGUCGCCCCGGCGAUGAAGGCCGCGGCGGAGGACAUGUGCGGCGACGAUGCCGACAAGAUCUUCACUGCCGACACGCGCGAGCUCAUGGGCUUCUUUAUCACCAUGCGCAAGUUGCUGCUGGACUGCGGUAUCAAGGACUUCACCUUCUCCGACCUCUACCGCCCUACGCAUCAACGAUUAGCGCGCAUCUUCAGCUACAUCAUCAACUUCAUCCGUUUUCGCGAAUCGCAGACUGCCGUUAUUGACGAGCACUACAAUUCCUCCGAGCGCAUCAAGAACUCCAUCGAGGCCCUUUACCACUCGAAUCAGGAGAAGGAAGAGCAAUUGGAAGAGAUGCAGCAAAAUCGGAAGAACGUCGAGCAAGCCAUUCAAGAUAAAGAGAAGCGCAACCAAGAGCUCAAGACGCGAUUACUACAACUCAAGAGCGCGCAAGAGCAAGUCAUGGAGAAGCUGGAGAACGUCAAGGCCGAGCAGGCGCGACUCAAAACUCUGCUAGAAGACAAGACGACCAACGUGAUGAACACGCGACAGGAGGCUAGGAAACUCCGUCCCUACACCGAGCAAUCCCCCGCCGUGCUGGAGCAUGCGCUCCGCGAGCUAAGUUCCAACUGGAACGGCGACCGCGCGGAAAUCGACCGGCUCGACAAACGCACGCGCGCCCUGCAAACGAGCUGCGACUCCUUCACCACGCUGCAAUCCGAAAUCUCCGCCCUCACCCGCCUGCUCACAGACCUCGAAGGCGAACUCGCAAAAGAAGACGACGAGGCGCUCUCCGCGCGCCGCAACCGCGACGCGCUUAUGGACAAGAGCAACCAGGUGCGCGAGGUGGAGCGGGAGGAGAAGAUUCUGCGCAAGUUGCUGGAGCAGUGGCAGGCGCGGACGGAGAAGUUGCGCAAGGAUGCCGCGGCCAAGGCGGAGAGUGCGACGCUCAAGAUGGAGAGUUUGCGCGCGAUGCACAAGGAGCUGCAGGCGGAGCGGCGGGAUAGGAACGAGGAGGUGGAGAAGCGGCGGAUUCGCAUCGAGCAGACGGAGAAGAAGAUGGCGGAUCUGAAGGAGAACAUCGAGCAUGAAGUGCAGAGCUCGAGGGAGGAGUACCUUCGGAUGGAAUCGCACAUUCAGCUCUACAUGCGGGAAAUGGAGCAGAGCAUUUGA